AUGUUUCCUUCAUCGAGAAAGUUAGAAGAUUCUGAUAAGGGAGCAUUACUACGCAACUUCCUUUUGAAAAUGUUGAUUGUUGUUCCGUUGUUUCAUUGUUCAAAAUAUGCAGAGGAUUAUUCAAAAAUUAACAAUGAAGCAUACGAAAAAGUAGUAUUUUCAUUUUAUGACGGAACGUUCGAAAAAGGAAAAGAGUUAACGAAAAAUGAAUGUAUGAGAGUGUUCGAACCGUUUUGGCAUCACUUCUUCAACAAAACAGUAGCACCGAUUGGGAAACUGAAACUAGAUGCUGAAGAGUUGAUGGCGAUUAUUUGGUUGGUAUUUUUUGAUCAUGGUUACACGAACAUCUCGUCGCAUUGCGUAGAAACGUGUCGAAACAUCAAAAAAGUGAUUCUCCGAGAGUUGAAAAAUUAUCAAAGCGAGGGAAACCACGACGAGUUUAGAUUUAUUGAUACCAUCGAAACGCUGAAAAUAAUUGCGAAGGAAGAAAUACGAGUAAUGGACGCAUUUCUUGUUUAUGAAUUGUAUAAUGUUCGAAUACAUAAUGACUUCAUGGCGAUAGUCAAGGAGGAGAGAUAUUGA